GAAAGCUCCCUGCUUUGUCUCGGCGGUGUGUUUCUCCAACAGAUAUCUGUCGACAUGUUAGCAGUUUUCGGCUGUUGUGCCUCUUAAAGGGACGGAGGAGAAGCACACGUGAAGUCAAGCAGAAGGAAGAAGGCUUUAACGUCGUGAAAACUGUCAUUAAACGGGUUUUAAACUACAUUGCAAUUGAGCUGGAGGACAAUGGCUAAGCCUGACGUGAAUAUAUUUUUAUUAGAUAUUGAAGGCACAACGACCCCAAUUUCCUUCGUGAAGGACAUUUUAUUUCCUUAUGUGAAAGAUAAUGUUCAAGAUUACCUUAUCGCACAUUGGGAAGAAGACGAGUGCAAGCAAGACGUUUACUUACUGAAAAAGCAGGCAGAAGAAGAUUCUAGACAACAUCGUGCAGGACCAGUUCAUUGUCUGGAUGAGAGUGUGCACACUGAUGAGGAGAAAGCAAUCCAAGAAGUGGUGGACAAUGUUUUAUGGCAAAUGGCAGAGGACAGAAAGACUACAGCUUUGAAACAGCUGCAGGGUCACAUGUGGAGAGCUGCAUAUGCUGCUGGAAAAAUCAAAGGCGAAGUGUAUGAAGAUGUAGCUCCUGCAAUCCAAACGUGGAGACAGUUGGGAAUGAAAGUGUAUAUAUACUCAUCAGGCAGUGUAGAGGCACAGAAACUGCUCUUUGCUAACUCAACUGAAGGCAAUCUUCUAGAUCUGUUUGAUGGCUAUUUUGACACCAACAUUGGCGCUAAAGUUGAAAGUAAGAGUUACAAGAGAAUUGCUGAAAGCAUUGGAUGUUUACCCAGCAACAUCUUGUUUUUGACAGAUUUAACACGAGAGGCAAGAGCUGCUGAAGAAGCAGGAGUAAAUGUUACUGUUGUGGUGCGGCCUGGAAACUCUGAGCUUACAGAAGAAGAGAAAUCUCACUUUCAGUUGAUCACAUCCUUUAAUGAAUUACCACUGCCAAACUCUGCUUAAAAAAUCUUCUUGUGGAGGGGGAAAAAAAAAUGAAAGGACUGCUGGUCUGCUUGGAGGAUAAGGAAGCGGGCAUUUUAAUAGCCAAACAUCAAGAUCAAAGCAGUUUGAUGAAAAAGCUGUUGGUGCUGCUUAAUUUUUUCAUAGUUUGAUAAAAAUAUUAUUUAAGUUUUUAAUUUAUCAUCCUUAUUUCUCACAUGAAACAGCCUUAUAACAUAGUGAUAUGCACUUUUAGCCAAACACUUUUAUAUGUUUUUUUUGUUUUCUACAUAAAUAUUUCUUAAUUGGCGUUGAGUAAAUUGCAUCUUGAAUUCUCAGAUUUAGUACCUGACCAAAAUAUAGAUAUUUUUCAUAUUAUUGUGAGUAUGCUGUGUAGAAUAUGUUGUUAAAACUGUAAAGGACUAUGCUAGUUUACAAAGACAUCAUAAAAAUGGUGCCAAAAACAGACAAUUCUAUUAAAAGUUGUGUCCAUUAUUAGUAAUCUUACCUUUAUUGCACACACAAGAGAUGUAACAUAUAAAAGUAAAGCAAGACUUUGAAUUAGUCACAAAGCAGCCAACACUUAUGUCAUGUUCACUGUACAUUUGAGGACAACUAGAAGCUCUUGGUUCCUGUCUUAAGUAACAUUAUAAAAGAGCAUGUUUAAUUGAAAUUGUUUACAUAAUUCUAAAACUUCAUGAUAAAGAUUGCCAGCAAAAGCAUGAAUUUAAGACAUUUUUCUGUACAUCAUCUCAUGGUUACAUUUCUUUGAAGAACUUACCCACUUACCACAGUUUUCUGUAAUGACGUCCAGAUAUGAAAUGCUGGCAUUGUAUCUGAGGCCACUGCCUUUAGUAAAUUGUGAACAAGAGGAUUGUAGUCUUUAGCAAAGUUAAUUCAUAGAGGACUAUGGUAAUGACUUGCCCAAAAUUAAGGGGGAUUUUUUUUUGUUUUUUUAAUUACCACAAUGUGUUGGAUUUUAAUAAUGAGAAAAUAAAUAUUGUUAUGUCUAUGCAGUAUAUAUAUGUGUAUAUAUAUAAUAUAUAUAUAUAUAUAUAAAUUGUUUUCCUUCUCUGCACUUGGGCCCUGGUUCACUUCCAGGUGGAUGUGCCUUCUGGGUGGAAUUUGCAUGUUUUCCAAGUUCUCAUGUGUGUUCCUUUGGAUAUCCUCAGACUCUGCUUCUAACAUCUAGAGAUAUUUAAGUGAGUGUUUCGUUUACCACAUUACCUUUGAGGAUCACGCGAAUGUUAAUUUAUUUGUUUAAAUAUCUACACUAGUAAUUCAGAUUAGGCAGGCAGUGUUGGGUAGUGUGGUUAAGACUUGUGGGUUUAAAUCCUACUAUUGACACUGUGUGACCCAUGAGCAAGUCACUUAACCUGCUGUUGCUCCAAAUGGGAGGAAAAAAAAACAAAAGAAAUGUAACCAGUUGUAUCUCUCAAAUGUAGAUUGACUUGGAUAAAUGCUUCAGCAUAAUAAUGUUCAGGUUUAGCCAGAUAAGGAAUUAUUAAAAAAAAAAAAAAAUAGUAAUAAUAGUAAUUCACAGUCUUGGGCUUGCAGUGUAGAAAUGUGUUAUGGUAAAUCUUUUUGGAAAAAUAAUCCACUAAAAUACUUCCAGGUUGGUGAUAAAAUCCUUUAGGCAAUCAAAUGUUCCUGUUCUGAAAGACCAGUGACCACCACUAAUUGCUAAAUUACUAAAUUAAUUAAAGCUAGCAAAUCUUUGACAUUAAAGUUUAAAAAAAAUAUCAAAGUGAUCGUCUGUGCCCCGGUGUGCGGUCAAACGUCUUUGUUUGCAAUUCUUGGAUUGCUGAAGUAGCGAAUGUGGGUGCAGUCCUGUCCAUCUCUAACCUGAAGGGUGUCUUUACAGUAUGCAGUGGAGAACACGUGUGACCAGUCAGGCCAUCAUAGCAGGAUGACAAGUAGUGGACUUUAUUGAAGAUGGAGAAAAGAGAAAAAAAAAAGUACUAAAUCACAUAGGAUUUUUAUUUCCAUAUUUUUGCUGAUUGUUUUAAUAAGGUUUCCCACAUGUAGUUUUAGGUGACCUGGUGAAGGGGGAUGGAGAUAUGUUACAGAAACAAUAGAAAGAUGCUUCACUCAUGUAAUGCUGCUCAUUUGGCUAAGGAAAUUCCUUGCUAUAAGGAAGGCAUAUGUUCUGAGGUAAGAGAGUUCUGCUCAGUUUGAGUGUUUACUCCUUGAAAGUGUUCACAAUUUAUUAAUGUAUAACACUGAGCAGUUUAGAAAAGAAGAAUGGAGGACAAAAGCAGAGUCCAGAUGUGUAGAGCUGAAUGAGACCUGGGCACACAGUCUGAAGGCUGUCAUGGCUGACAAACAUGGACUUGAAGUGGGUGAAUACUUAUGCAAUCAAUUAUUUUGUGAUUUAUAUUAGUAAUUAAUUUAGACCACUUUGUAGAAAUUGGUUUUCAGUUUGCCAUUAAACGGUCUUUUUCUGUUGAUCAGUGUGUCAAAAGAGCUAAAAUAAAUCCACAGUGAUUCAAUGUUGUAUAAUAAAAUGCAAAAAAUU